AUGCCGGAUAACACUAUCUCAAGCCAUGAAAUAUAUCGUUUCGCUGUCUACAUGCUUAGGGGCUUGAGGUUAUUAUGCUGGCUAUGCCAACAGCUUCAACAACUCACUGCUCACAUCGUCUAUUGGAUGGAUAAAGAGCGUGAACGCCGAAACCGAGACGAAUCGGAUAUAAGGAUCAUUGAUCUGGAUGAUGUUGAUCCGGAGAAUAUUGACAUGGAUGACAUUGAGAUGGAAGAU